AUGUCGGCACCUGAUUCUCUUCCGGAAGGAUUUACUGAGUUUGAAAUGAUUAGUUUUGGCACAAUGAUGCUGGCUGAAGCUUUGUUUGGGUUCUCCCUGAAUAUGUUGACCAUCGUUGCUUUCUGGAAGAUCAAGGAGAUUCAGACCCCCGGCAACUUUCUGAUAUUCAACCUCGCCUUGUCCGAUUGUGGCAUUUGCAUCAAUGCGUUCAUCGCUGCUUUUUCCAGUUUCUUACGAUAUUGGCCCUAUGGCUCUGACGGCUGCCAAAUUCAUGGGUUUCAAGGAUUUUUAACGGCCCUAACAAGCAUUAAUUGUGCAGCUGCAAUUGCGUGGGACCGAUACCAUCAGUAUUGCUCCAGACGAAAAUUACAGUGGAAUUCUGUGUUCUCCAUGGGGCUGUUUGCCUGGUGUUUCGCUGGCUUUUGGUCCGCAAUGCCCCUUUUGGGAUGGGGGGCAUAUGAUUAUGAGCCUCUGAGGACCUGUUGCACUUUGGACUAUACCAAAGGAGAUAGAAAUUACAUCACCUUUCUUAUUCCUCUGGUGCUAUUCAAUUUUGUGAUCCCGAUUUUCAUCAUCUUAAUGUCCUAUCAAUCCAUUGAUAACAAAUUCAGGAAAACAGCCCAGCUGAAGUUUAAUACUGGUUUACCAGUGAAAUCUUUGGUCCUUUGCUGGGGUCCAUACUCAGUUUUAAGUAUGUAUGCCGCAGUUGAAAACGUGGCACUCGUUUCGCCCAAAAUCCUAAUGAUUCCUGCUCUUGUUGCCAAGACUUCACCAACCAUGAAUGCCCUCAUUUACGCCUUGGGGAAUGAGAACUACCGAGGAGGGCUGUGGCAGUUUCUCACAGGAGAAAAAAUGGAGAAACCCAAAACCGAUGACAAAAUUAACUAA